AUGUCAGAAGACCCGCCGACGACCGACAGCACCAGUGAAUGGCAGUUCACGCCUCUGGUCCAUGAAGAAGGUCUUUCUGCGAUCGAGGACUUCUUUUCAUCGCCGCCGCUGUUGUUGCCAUCGCCCCAUUCACUACCCACGGUUGGCCGGGUCGACACUCACACUGAGAUUGAACAUCAGCGUGGGAACCACAAUCGGCUUGAAACCAACACUCAGCAUGACACUGAAGACCAUAUCGAGGUCGAUCAGGCUGAUGAUGUGAUGGGAGCAGAGACCUCGAUCUGGAUGUCGUCGAUUGCCCAUCAUGGCGGCGGAAACAAUGGCGAUCACCUCGCUUCUGAUGACGAAGACGCACACGAUACCGACACUCGCAUUGAGGUCGAUCCGGUUGGUGAAGUGAUCACUUCAGAGGCCCCGGCUCGGAAAUCACCAUAUGCCGAUGAUGGCGGAAGACCCGAUAGCGAUGAACUUGUUCCCGAUAUUGAAAACGCGCGUGACACUGACAACGACAUCGAGAUUGAUCAGGCUGAUAAUGUGAUCACAGUAGAGGCCGUGUUCGGGACAUCAUCAGCCGCGGAUGACGAGGAAAAGCAUAACAGCAAUGAUCUCGCUUCUGAUGACGAAGACGCGCUGGAGUCAGCGGUCAUAUCACCUUCGAAUGAGACAGUCAACGAAUCUACUGAAUUGCCGACUACUCUGCAGAGUUUGAGUAGUCGACACUCGUCUAUCGUGAACGAUGAUCACCACAUGAAUGACAACACACAGGAGAAGAACGCCGAUUUCCACUUCAGCACUCCUCUGCCGACUGAUCGCACAGACCAAGGCACUGACAACCCAGAAACACCACCGUCUUCUGCAGAAUCUCAACCACGAGCAGCCAAGAGAAUGAAGAUGACGCGACGUUCGGGCAUGAAUGAAUCGAUCUACUGGCCAAUGUCGUCACCAGCAUCGAAGCAAAUCCGGAGACGCUCAUCCUUGACGACGAUAUCCGGGUUUGAUUGUCAACUCACAAUGCAAGAAUUGCUCAAAAGCGAAUCUGCCGACAAUUUUGCGAUCAAGGACAAGAAGGACCUAGAAGAGACGAGUCCACUCCCAUCGCACACAACCGGGCCCGUCGAUGUCCUUCAAUCGCCGAAGUCUCGUCCACGACACGACAGCGUUGCCCAAGUCGAUGAUUCAGACACGACCAUGACCUCACAAGUCGUUGCAGACCAGACAACCGACGGCGCAUCACCGGAACCUCUCAGAGAUCCAACAACAUCUCCGCUCCCAACCGCUUCCUCUAUUCAAGCUCCUGCUCCACCACCGCCGUCCAAGAACGGCACUCCUCUCCCUCGGGAACUUCCCUCGUCUCAAAGGGGGUCGUCAUCCAAUGAGGCCCGCUGGAAGCGUGAACUCACUAAUUUGGUCGGACAGCGUCCUCCGCAUCGCCGCCGGACCCGCUCUUCGAUCCAGCAGAGUGCUCCGGAUGUCGUGGGAGCCGUGAAGCGGAGAAGGAAGGCGAAGCGAUGA